CUAUCCAAUGACUUUUCUCUGCUGAACGCUGAGAUUUUCACUCUCUGAGCUUCUUCAACUUUUGAAGAACUUUUGUUUCUCGUUCUCUGGGAAGAUGUUGGAGAAGAUUUUAAUCCUGCUCUGUUUGACCUCUGCUGCGGCAGGGCAGCUCUGUAAACCAGAUGCUUCAGAUGGCUACAAAGUCCGAAUCAGCAUCAAAACAGCUCUGGGAGAUCAGGCCUACCUGUGGGAUGAGAAGGAAAUGUUUCUUUUUCGAUCAACGAUGGCGUACGCCAUGAGGGGACAACUCAGCCAGCAGUUUGAUGUGUCCAACAUCAUCGUGUGUGAAGAGACUGCCAGAGUGUCCUUCUGGUUUGUGGUGACGUCUCCGCUCAACAUGUCCAACCUGGUAGAUAAGAAAAGUGUGGAGGAGGCUGUCAGAAAGCACAGGAACCGCAUCAACAGUGCCUUUCUGCUAACAGAUGAAACCCUGGAGUUUGAUGGCAUCCCCCGGACCCUGGAAGCCCCCUUCACUCCUGACACCCCCCCAUGGCUCAUUGUGUUCGGGGUGGUCAUGGGCGCCGUGGUCGCUGGCAUCAUUGUUUUCAUUGGGUCCUCUGUGGUCCAAAAGAAACGCAAAAAGAACCAGAAAACCCCAGAGGACGAGGACAGUGAAGAGGAAGAGAGCCGAGGGAAAACGAUGGAAAGCGGAGCUGCCAACGAGGGCGUUUACAACAUGUCGUUCUCAGACGAGGAGCGGUUCACACAGAUUUAAAAAGAAAACAUCUUUAAAAACAAAACAAAAAAACACUUCCAUGUGAGAAACGAGAUGUUGCAAAAGGUUUUCAAGCUGCUCCUAGAAUGCUGCACUGUAAAACAAAUCAAAGUUGUAGUUUAGAAUUAGUUUGUCAUUGAAAAGAUUUGAUACAUUU